UGCACCACGGGGGGGAACAGACAACAUACAUUCAUACAAAACUAAAAUCCUUUAUUACACAAUCGUUUGAAGGAAAUACGAAAAAGAUGAGUGUUGAUAUUUAAAGGAGAUCUUUACAGCAGCUCACUAUCAGUUCAGUGGACUCACAUCCAGAUGGUAAUAUUAACAGAGCUAAUGUUGUUUAUGUACAGGCCAAUUCGUCUAAAUUAGAUGAUGCAAAGAAAAUAACAAAUAAUCUUCAUAAAUGAGAUGUGGCAAGAAUUACAAACAGCCUCCAAUGUUUGCUUAUACUCAAGUUAAAUGUUAUUGAUAUAUUUGAAUAUAUUAAAUUCCUAAAGAGUUCCAGCUGAUGGAUAAGGUGUAGACCUCAGGCAGAAUACAUAAAUACAUAACCUCACCAGUCUACUACGCUUUUAUGAUAUAACCAAAUCCACUAGACACAACACCAUCACUAUGAACACAUGUCACACAGGCCACACAGUUUGGGUUUGAAUCUGUUGUAUUUCAGUUAAGACCAAACAGUUACGACUUUACUACUGGAAGAUAACAGUCAAUGCAUAACAAACACAACAACCCACAGUUAAGCAUCUCCAACGACACAGAGGUAGACGUUCCACCCUAGCUGAGCAGUUCGUCUCCUGCUCCCAGUCUCCGCCCCCCCCUGCUGUGGACCCAAACUUCAUGAGUCCUCCCGUCGGUCCUCCACUCACCCUGGAUCCCAACCCCGAGGCCUGUUGAGAGGUAGGCUCAACUUGGUGUUUUGAACAAAAUGUCCAAAAUUGAGACGGAAGAGAUGAUCGAGAUUGAGAUCGAUGGGCAGGAUAAACAUGGAUGCCUGGAGGAAGGGAUGGAGGAGCACACCCUCACUGCUGCAGACCUCAUCCAGCAAGACAUCGACAUCAACGAGCCCAUCGGUAACCUGAAGAAGCUCCUGGAGCCUCGGAUCCAGGUGACUCUGGACCAGUAUGAGAUCUGCCUGCAGGACAUCCAGCUCCAUCCUGAUCACAGUCUGUUUGACCAAGGAGUGAAGACCGAUGGAACAGUACAGCUCAGCCUGCAGAUCAUCACACGACCAGGCGAGGAGAAGCUGAACAUCCUGGAGAUCGUGAAGCCGGUGGAGACGGUGGAGGUGGUGAUCGACCCGGACGCGGCCGGGGAGGACGGCUCGCUGGGGGAGGAGGGCCAGCUGAUCGCCGUGGAGCGCUCGGCGCUGUCCGACGACACCUCGGAGCAGGUCACCCGCUGGGCGGCCGCGCUGGAGGGGUACCGCAAGGAGCAGGUCCGCCUUGGCAUCCCCUACGAUCCCGUGCUGUGGUCGGCGGACCAGGUCAUCCACUGGGCCGUGUGGGUGAUGAAGGAGUUCAACAUUGAUGAGAUGGAGAUCGGGGCGAUCCACAUCCCGGGGCGGGAGCUGUGCUCCUUCUCCCACGAGGACUUCCUCCAGAAGGUUCCGAGCGGAGAGAUCCUCUGGAGCCACCUGGAGCUGCUGCGCAAAUAUGUGCUGGCCAGUCAGGACCAGGCAGGACAGGACGCCACCGUGACCAUCGACCAGCCCGUGCAGAUCAUCCCGUCGGCCGUCAACACGUCCAGCACCAUCAAGGUCCUGAAGCAGAGCCGCGGGCCCCGGACUCCCCGCAUCUCCGGGGGCGAGGAGCGCAGCUCGCCCGGCAACCGCACCGGGAACAACGGGCAGAUCCAGCUGUGGCAGUUCCUCCUGGAGCUGCUGACGGAUAAGGACGCCCGCGACUGCAUCUGCUGGGUGGGCGAGGAGGGGGAGUUCAAGCUGAACCAGCCCGAGCUGGUGGCCCAGAAGUGGGGGCUGCGCAAGAACAAGCCCACCAUGAACUACGAGAAGCUCAGCCGAGCCCUCAGGUAUUACUACGACGGGGACAUGAUCAGCAAGGUGCAGGGGAAGCGCUUCGUCUACAAGUUUGUGUGCGACCUGCGGACGCUGAUCGGCUACAGCGCGGCGGAGCUCAACGGCCUGGUCACCGAGUGCGAGCAGAAGAAGCUGGCCCGCCUGCAGCUGCACGGCCUGGGGCAGCCCGUCACCACCGUGACGCUGGCCACCUCCAUCGAGAAGGACAGCUGAGGGCGGGGCCCGGCGCCGGGGGCGGACAGUUCCUUGGUGAUGACUUGUGGGCGCCAGGCCUCGCCCCCUCGGGGUCAGGGGGAGGGGCCGGCGGCCUGACCGGGGUCGGAGGUCAGAGGUCCCCAUCACACGCCUUCGCUCUGCGCUCGGACCCGGCCCGGCGUUCGGAGAUGUUCAUGUUCAUUAUUUUUAUAAAUCUAUGAAGGGCAGAAGCAUGGAAUGAGUGGUGACCCAUCAUGGUGGUUCAUGGGCUGUCAGGGAGACUGAAUGUUGCUUCAUGAUUAGUUCUCGUCUAGCUGUUGUUUCUACUGUAUAUACUGGUACUCUAUGUUUUUGAUAGCCGCGACGGCAAGUGUAUUUUCAUAUGUUCCCAUUUAUAUAGCGGGUUGGUUUUUGUAUUUUAUUUAGUCUGUUCCCUGAUUGCUGGACCUUUUUUUUUGUCCACUAGGGGGAAUAAAGUGGCAAGCAUUUUUCUUGAGGCUUGGUGUCUGAUCAGUGGAGAGGAGGCGGAGCCAAAGGAGUUCUGUACAUUCAAACUUUAUUGAGGGGGUUGUGGGUACAAA